AUGUCUUCCCAGUUGAAGCCACUUGUUCUCUGGGGCGGCGUCGACGGCCCUAAUCCACCAAAGGUUGCUAUAGUUCUUGAAGAACUUCAGAUUCCGUGGGAACCAAAAUAUCUCCCCCUUUCCGAAGUCAAGAAGCCCGAGUAUGUGGCCAUAAAUCCGAAUGGCCGGCUUCCUGCUCUUGAGGACCCCAACACUGGUAUUACAGUCUGGGAAUCAGGCGCCAUCCUUGAGUACCUAGUUAUGGAGUACGACAAGGAACAACAGCUGAGCUUUCCACUUGCCACUGCCGAAUUCUACCAUUGCCAACAAUGGCUUAUGUUUCAAGUGUCGGGCCAGGGCCCCUACUAUGGCCAGGUGUACUUUUUUAAGCAUUAUCAUUCAGAAAAGGUGGAAAGCGUCAUUGAUAGGUUCGCCAAGGAGGUCCGUCGGGUCUCGGCCGUCCUGGAUACACACUUGGCCAACCACGAGUAUUUGGUAGGCGAAAAGUUCACCUAUGCAGAUGUUGCCUGGAUUCCAUGGCAGGUCGUGGCUGGGUCUUUGGUUGGGGAAGAGUUGGAUCUUGCCAAGGAAUUCCCUAAUCUUCAGGCUUGGCUUGAUAGGCUGACCAGUCGACCUGCUGUGAAGAAGGUCCUGGCUGAGAGGGCAGAGCGGAUGGCAAACCGAGGUGCUGCGUAA